GCGGAAGAAGCAAUUUGGCGUGUUGUAGCUAACUUAUCAGCACCUCAUGCUAUUGUAAUUAACGCUCCUCUAACAUUUAACAUGAAUAAGCUAGGUCAAGCACAAGACUUUGAGUCAUAUGAGAUCGAAGAGCCGAGCGACGAAGAGCGGGCCGCCAGCAGUUCGGAGGAUGAGCUGGACGUGCUCCUGAACGGGACUCCGGACCAGAAAAAGAAGCUGAUCAGAGAGUAUCUAACUGGGGAGAGCGAGUCAUCCAGCGAGGAUGAUUUUGAAAAAGAGAUGGAGGCAGAGCUCAGCUCCACCAUCAAGACCAUGCAGGGAACCUGGGGACCAGCAGCAGAGACCUCAAAACGACCAGGAGGAGGAGGAGCAGAAGGGGAAGGAAGUGCUGUUGGUGGUCCUGGACUUUCUAACCCACAGAUGUAUGAUGAGGUUUAUUUUGACUCGGACUCAGAGGAGGACGGCACACCGAGCAGCUCAACAAGCCAGAGGCGGAGACAGCGGACCAUUCCGACCAAUGACGAGCUGCUGUAUGACCCCGACGAGGACGACAGAGACCAGGCCUGGGUUGACGCCAGGAGGAGAGAGUACAGCAGAAGAAAACGACCUGCUGCAGCUUUUCACUCAAAGCUUCGCCACCCUCAAGCUUUGCCUCACAGCGACGCUGUGCUUAACUGUCCCGCCUGCAUGACGACACUCUGCCUGGACUGUCAGAGGCACGAGAAGUAUCGCACGCAGUAUCGAGCAAUGUUUGUGAUGAACUGCACAGUCAAGAGAGAGGAGGUGCUGCGUUACAAAAACCAGCAGGAGAAGAACCGGAGGAACAGGAAGAGGAGGAGGGGACAGCAGACAGAGACGCCUGCGGAUGAGACUCCAGCAGCGAUGGGGAUGGAUGCUGAUGAGGUGUACCACCCGGUGCAGUGCUCUGAGUGCUCCACUGAGGUGGCCGUGUUCGAUAAAGAUGAGGUUUACCACUUCUUCAACAUCCUGGCCAGCCACUGCUGACAAGGACUGAACGAGGUCUGAGCUGGACUUUGUCUCUAACUUCACACCUCGUGGCUCAGAUCUUUGUCUUUAUAUCCAAAAUGCUCACCAAAGCAAAGCUAAAGGGGAGUGAACACUGGACGUGUGCUCAUCACUUUAAGUUAACGCUGUUAUUGUUCUGUAUUUGCAGGAUGUGUAAAUGUCCAUCUUCUUUUUUCUUUUUCUUUUUUUUGCAAAUAAGAUCAUGGCGCCAGUGACAACUUGUCAGUGUUGUGUUUACAGCAGUUACAACAGUUUUGACAGCUUUUUUUGCUUCAGCGUCACGGCUGAGAUGGCAAAUCAGUCUGUGAUCAGUCGCCUGAUCAUGUUUGUCAUACACAUUUUGAACACAUUGUUCAACAGGUAACAAAAAUGAAAUCCUUUUCAGGAUUAGAAAAAAUGUACCACCUCAUGUCUGUAAAACUUUAAGUGCUGUGCCUGAACACAACCUUUUGCCGUUGA